AUGCGUACCUCUUCGUAUCUUUCGUCGACACAAGGGAGCAAAAAGGACAUUGCCAAACAGCAUAAAGCAUUGCUGUCAAUGUACGUACCGUCAUCAAACAAGAAAGUGUCUCCAAAUCAAAUAUCCAAAGGGGGGGCGGAAACGAAUAAAUCUUCAAGAAUAUCGAAGUCUCCGGUGGGGCCUCAUAACAAGAUUCAACCUGUCAAUGUACUGUCUCCGUCCAAGAAUAAAAACUUAAGCAAUAUUAUCACACAAUCGGGAUCCAAACUUAUGAAAACAAACGCGCUGGAUUCUUUCAACUCCAAUUUAAGGAUCAAAAGUUUUACAAAGGAUGAUUUCGAUAUUGGGCUGAAACUGGGGAAGGGCAAAUUCGGGAAGGUAUUCUGCGUCAGACACAAAGAAAGCGGGUUUAUAUGCGCGCUGAAAGUUAUGCAGAAGACAGACAUAUUGCAAUACAAGCUAGAAAGGCAAUUUAUUAGAGAAGUGGAGAUCCAAUCAUCGUUGAACCACCCGAAUAUCGCGAAACUAUACGGUUAUUUCCACGAUGAGAAAAGGGUAUAUCUUAUCAUGGAAUAUAUGCUUUACGGAGAGCUAUAUAAGACUUUGGAAAUACAUGGCCCUUUUGAAAAUGCUGUCGCUACGAACUACGUGUAUCAAAUUGCAAGCGCCAUAUUGUAUUUACACCAGAGGCAUAUCAUUCACAGAGACAUCAAGCCUGAAAAUAUCCUAAUAGGCCCUCACAACCAACUGAAGCUGACGGACUUUGGCUGGAGCAUAAUAAACCCAAAAGGAUUAAGACGGAGGACGUUUUGCGGCACUAUUGACUACCUCUCUCCAGAAAUUGUCGACUAUAAGGAAUACGACCACAACGUUGAUAUCUGGGCGCUGGGUAUCGUUGCAUACGAACUGCUAGUGGGCUCCCCACCGUUCGAAGAAAACACCAAAGACUUGACCUACGAAAGAAUAAGACGUGGCGAUAUCGUGUUCCCGAAACAGGUCACACCAGAGGCAAGAGAUUUUAUCGAAAGAAUUCUGGUGCUGGAACCGAAAAAAAGAAUGACAUUGAAAGAGAUUAUGUCCCAUCCCUGGAUACUCAAGUACAAGUCACAAUGGCAAUGA